UUGAUGCACCGCCGCUGCGGGGUGCUCGCUCUGUGUUUACCAUCUUGGUGGGUCAGCGACGCGAGGUGUGCGUGUGAACAUGUAGCGUUUGCUGGAAUAUUGUGGCCGGUGGUCAACAGAGACGUGAUACGGCAGUUCAAAGUUCUGCGUACUUGCCGUUCGAGUACCUGGUACUCCAUGACUUCUGCCCUGGCGAGCUGAAUCUGGUGCGUACAGAACGGAGGAAUGAAACGGCAGUUUCGGGAUGAGGCCUUCUAGAGCCCAAGUGGAAGCAGCCGUUGGCAUAAUCAUGCGUGUGCCGGGCUUGUUUAUUAUUGACUACUGGUGGCAGCAUGACCGAAAUAAGUCGGUGCCGCAGUCCAUGGCACUUCCUGGAGUGCUGAACGCAGUGCUGACAAACCUAGUUCUUGUCCACGGGUUCCUCUUGCUGUUGCUGCCCAUUCCACGGGUGCGCUCUCUCUACACCAACUUUGUGAGCGCGCUGCUGCUGCUCAGCUCUCACCUCCUGUCAAAGUACUACAUCCAGAUGGAGACAAGUCUGUCGCGACAUUUGGAUGUUGAUGAAAGUUUUGCCAGAAGGCAAGUGACUGCCUUUCUGGCCCACAUUGUGCUGGCCUGCAUGGUAUUCGCUCUCCUGGAAAGCCGUUCACGGCCCAUGCUUCCCAUCUUGUCCUGUUACACACUUCCUGUAAUGGCUCGUGUCCUGGACUUUCCGCCAGAGUCGCUUGAAGUCCUCCAUAAUUUUGGCAAUGCACUGAUGUGUGUCAGUGUGGCAUGUUAUCUGUAUAGUCAGGUACCAUCAUUGAUCAGCUUCUUAAAAGACACUUACCUGGACACACUGCUUCUGACCAUGCGCUUCGGUUGGAUUGGUCUGAUGACACUGUUUUGGAACAAGCUGUUUGUGCCAACCCAUUUUCUUGUCUUUUGGCUGAUUGAGUUCUGUGUAAAGUUGGCUGAAAGUUAUUCCACUUGGGAGAGCCCAUGGUAUCUGCUAGCUCUAAGCUCAGCUAGCAAUGUCUGUUCCAGUCCUGUGACUUUGGUCGCCUCCUCAGUGACAGUCUCUUAUUUGGCAUAUCUCACACUCUCAGGAACCAAGGCAUUCCUGCAUGGGAGCUUCACUUUCAUGAAUGACAAUCCAAUGCACAGUGGCUGGACAGAGGGUAUCACCAUGCUCUUGCUGGCCCUACAGACUGGCUUAACGGAAAUCAAGAUGCCCAGUCGAGUGGCUGUACUGCUCAUAAUUUUGUUCAUUGUCAUGUCAUCUAUGCUGCAGUCAGUGCUGGAGAUUACAGAGCCAGUGGUGUUGGCUCUGAGCGCGUCACAAAGUCGGCAAGUUGGACGACAUCUUCGAAGCUUGGGCAUGUGCGCCUUUCUUGUUGCUUUCCCAUUACAUAUUACUUGGCGACUGUCUACUCUCUUUCCCAUCGAUUUUUGGAUGAUGAUUGUGCUUUCCUCUUGCAUCCUCACCUCUUUACAGGUAGUGGGUCUACUAGUCAUCUAUGGUCUGUUUGUGUAUGAUGCAUGGCAGACAGAACCGUGGGAGGCAUUGGAUGAUGUCAUUUAUAUGGCUCGAGCAGUGACGAAAAUUUUAGAGUUCUUGGUAGCCCUAUUUGUUGUAGGAAUGGGCUUCUGGGAGUCCACAACAGGCAAGUGGAAUUGGGCUAAUGCAUCCAUCCUGCUUGUCCACUGCUACUUCAAUGUAUGGCAGCGCAUGCAGGCUGGCUGGAAGAGCUUCCUUCUGCGUCGUGAGGCUGUACGAAAGAUAGAGUCCCUUCCUGAGGCAACACCAGAGCAGCUUUUGCUGCACAACGAUGUCUGCUCCAUCUGCUACUCUGAGAUGCGAUCAGCUUGCAUAACAAGGUGCCAGCAUUUCUUCCAUCGAACAUGUCUUCGCAAGUGGCUGUACAUUCGAGACAAGUGCCCCCUGUGCCAUGCUCACGUCUCUCUGGAAAACGGAGAGCCUGUGCUACCAAGUAAUCCUGAACCACCUGCAGUGCCAGAUGAGACCAAUCAUGCACAUGCCUCCUGAAGCAAACAUGCUGACAAUUUCACUUGUGCCGUCCGCAGAUCAACGUUCCAUUUUGUUCCCACUUUUGCCCCUUGUAAUGUACAGGUGGUGUUUUUAGGAGGUGCUUUUGGGAACCCCUUUGUAACAGUGAGGAAAUGUGAUGCCCCUGUACGGCCCCACAGCUUGCACCACUUCCGGGAACACGAACUCUUCCAGUGUUACUUUAACUCCUGUAAAUACUGUUUACUUGCUCUUUGACUUGUACAGCCAUACUGUUCUGAAAGAAUUAAAAAAUGUAAUCUAAGUUCUCCUA